AUGGCUGCUUCCUCUUUGGAAGAUCUCUCCCCUAACUGUGCCAUCCAUGAGAUAAGGUUCUCAUGUCUGGACAGGCAGAAGAGUUUGCCUUCUGGGGUCUGUGAUUGGUCCCUUGUGGAAGAAAACAGUGGUGAUAGCAACAUACUUCAAAGAAGAAAGAGAAGAGGGAGUUCUUACAAGAGUAAUUUUGACAGAAAGAAUGUUCAUUAUGAGCAUAACGGAUAUAUGCUUCUACCUUCAGAACUACAGGAGGAUGAUGGAAAUGUGUCACUGAGGAAUGUUCACAUGGAGCCCAAAGUCAGACACAUUUCUUAUGCCAUCCAACGCAACAAGAGGAGAGGGAAAUGGUAUAAUGAAGACCGAAUCCAGGUUACUGUGUGGAGGGAUACAAAACCUAAAGAGAGAGAAAUGGAGCAGGACAGUCAAGAUAGAGACAUGGAAAGCUGGUACAAGGUCACAGUCCCCUGUGGGAAAAAGUAUGACAAGACAAAGCUAUUGAAUUCAAUCCAGAGCCAUUGCAUUGUGCCCUUCACCCUGACUGACUUCCACUAUGACAAAACAUGGGCCAGGUUCUUUGUCCAGGGUGUUAGCACUGCCUCUGCAUUGAAGGAUGUCAGCUACAAGAUUUGUAAUGAGGAGGGCCAAAAGACACCUAUCUUUGUCACUCCUUCUUCUGCACCCUACUCUGUGCAGAAUAAGUUCACAGCAGAACAAAUGGAGCAGCUAAAGCUGACCAUGAAAAAACGAUAUGAUGUCUCCCAGCAAGCUCUAGACCUGCAGAAGCUCUGCUUUGACCCAGACUUGGUCAACCACAAUAUUCAAAUGGUCCUGAAUCGAAAACACUGCAUGUUUGCCACCCUACAGGUCAUUCAACGGAAUUUCCCUGAGCUGCUGUCCUUGAACUUGUGCAACAACAAACUGUAUCGGUUGGAUGGCCUGUCUGAUGUGGUAGAGAAGGCUCCCCAAGUCAAGAUCCUGAACCUUUCUAAAAACCAGCUGAAGUCUGCCUCAGAGUUGAACAAGGUAAAAGGGCUGAAGCUUGAAGAGUUGUGGCUAGAAGGAAAUCCCUUGUGCAGUACCUUUUCAGACCAUUCUGCCUAUGUAAGUGCCAUCCGUGAUUGUUUCCCCACAUUGUUACUCCUGGAUGGCCGAGAAUUUUCUCCACCAAUUGCCAUUAAUAUUGAUACUCCUGAGUUAAUAAAACCCUGCAAGGAAAGCUAUGAAGGAUCUGAGAGUGUGAAGAGUUUAAUUCUGCAGUUCCUGCAGGAAUAUUACUUAAUCUAUGACUAUGGAGAUCGACAGGAUCUUCUCAGUGCUUACCACGAUGAGGCUUGCUUCUCCCUGACCAUUCCCUUCAAUCCCAAGGAUCCAGACCUGAGAACCUUGCAUGAGUACUUCAAGCAUAGUAGGAACAUAAAAAAGCACAAGGACUCCCGUGUGCGGAGGCAGCUGCUGAAGCACAAGAAACAUGACAUUGUGGACUCCCUCAGUGUGUUGCCCAAAACUCAGCAUGACUUCAGCUGCUUCCUGGUGGACAUAUGUUUCCACACAGAAAUGAUGCUCUGCUUUUCUGUCAAUGGGGUGUUCAAGGAAGUGGAAGGAAAAUCCCAGGGAUGUGUUCGUGCCUUCACCCGGACCUUCAUCACUAGCCCUGGCAGCAGUUCAAGUAUAUAUAUCAUGAAUGAUGAGCUGAUUUUGAGGAAUGCCAGCCCCAAUGAGAUCCACAAUGCCUUCUCCAUCCCAAUACCCACAGUCUGCUCUACUUCCUCGUCCACCCUCUCCGAGGAGCAGAAGGAAAUGGUGAAAGCUUUCUCUAUGCAGUCCAGGAUGAAACUGGAGUGGUCUCAGAAGUGCCUUGAGGACAAUGAAUGGAACUACACCAGAGCAGGUCAGAUCUUCACUACGCUCCAGACUGAGGGCAAGAUCCCAGAGGAGGCCUUCACAAAAAUGCCCUAA